GGCAGCAGCGCUCCGCUGUUCAGGCCGGAAAAACCGAAUGAGUUGUGAUUUCGCGCCGUGGGGUCAGACUCAGCCGCUCAGUAUUUAGGUACGCUUCCACCAUCAGCUGUCCUCUGCUCCGGGCCGUCUGAUUGGCUGCUCCCACGGGACCGCAGGAGUGGUCUGUGCACACAGGUGCAGCAUAUUCCUGGUCUCCUCUGAGGAAGCGCAGCUGCCAGGUUUGCAGCAGAUUUCUGUCCUCGGGAAUGUCAGCUGAUGAGGCCUUCGUGACCCUGGCCACCACAGACUCUUACUGCAUGGGAGCCACAGUAGUGGCCAGAAGUCUGCGGCGACAUGGAACAACUCGCCACAUUGUUGUCAUGAUUACACCAAACAUCUCUGAGCAGUCAAGACUGGCCCUUAAGAAUGAGUUUGAUGACGUCAUUGUGGUGGAUGUGAUGGACAGUGAGGACAGCCUCCACUUGUCCUUGCUGGGACGUCCUGAGCUUGGUAUCACUUUCACCAAGAUCCACUGCUGGACUCUGACCCAGUACAGCAAAUGUGUCUUUCUGGAUGCUGAUACACUGGUGCUGUGUAACGUGGACGAGCUGUUUGAGAGAGAUGAGCUGUCAGCAGCCCCUGAUCCCGGCUGGCCUGACUGUUUCAACUCAGGAGUGUUUGUCUUCAGACCGUCCCUCCACACACACACCAGGCUGCUGGAUCACGCCCGUCGUCAUGGCAGCUUUGAUGGAGGAGACCAGGGACUGCUGAACUCGUUCUUCAGUGGCUGGUCAGUGGAAGACAUCAGUAAACACCUGCCGUUCAUCUACAACCUCAGCGUCAGCUCAGUCUACAGCUACCUUCCUGCUUUCCAACAGUUUGGCCACGGUGCAAAGAUCAUCCACUUCCUCGGAGGAGACAAACCCUGGAAGUCGCAGGGGAACAGCAGCGGCUCGCACACUAUGGAGCAGUUUGUGUCUCUGUGGUGGAAGGAAUACCUUAUUCACACAACCCCAUCUGCUCCAGCAGCCCAGCCCAAGCAAGAGCAGAAGAAACCACAACAGAUCCCAGAAAGGGAAGCCAAGAUGAAAUCUACAGAAAACUUGGACAGCACAAAUUCACUGCUUGCACAUUUUUCUCCUCCUUCAGAGAGUCUUUAUUCACAGCCUGAACCAACCUUGUGUUCCCACACAGAUGGCAGACAGUUGGAGGAAGAGCCGAGAUCGCUGGAGGAAGAGUCGAGAUCAUAUGAGGAGACAGAAGUUGUGGAUCCACCUUUGGGAGCAGAAGGAUUGGAGGGCAGUGAUGCCACUGCAGACGCUGCUACUGAUCCUAGACCUGCAGACGCAGAGCCGGAGCAGCUAGAGCAUCGCAGGAUGUGGGAGAUGGGACAGGUGGACUACCUUGGCAGAGAUUCCUUUCAAAACAUCCAGAGGAUGCUGGACCGCUUUUUGGAUUAAAAAAAGUCUCUACCUUCAUCAGACCCAUGACCCUCAGUGUUUUCAUAUCCUGUAGUUACAGAAGUAGAGCCUUGCUGCUGGGCUUUGGGUGUUUGCAUGCUUUAAACCUCAAUAUCAUAGCUGUGCACAGAUAUGUUGAGUAGCAUGUACUCAACCCAAAUGAAGGGCACAUAAAUAUUUAUCAAAAAAUUAAGUUGCACACAAUAACAACUUUUAU